GGGUAACCUCCAACUGACGUACAUUGCUUUUGUUCAGCUUUUGUCCGCUAUCCCAACCUACCAGUUCGCUCUCCGCGAUAGGCAGAAUCGCAAGUUACGACUGCUGUCUCGUCACAUUGAAACACCUUGAGCUUCACAAGUCCCUGUCACAACCCAUUUCCUGCUCCAUCACAUCCCGCCACCAUGUCUCUAACUCCGAUCAUCACGUUCAAAGCGGGUAUCUGUGACCUCGAGUCCGGCAACGUUGUAAAGCCAAAGCCCACUCCCGGUUACAUCUACCUCUACAUUGAAGAUGAAUUGGUACACUUCUGCUGGCGCCCGAGAACUGCCCCUCACACCGAACCCGACUUGGAUCUGGUCAUGGUGCCCUCCGACGGAACUUUCACGCCCUACAAGCCUGCCGGAAACUCCGCACCCACCAACGGCCGCAUUUACGUCUUGAAGUUCUCGUCCAGCUCGCAACGGUAUCUCUUCUGGCUGCAAUCGAAGUCGCAGCACGAGAGUGGUAACCCUAGCUGGUUCAGUCCCAGAGAUAUCCGACUGGGUGAGAUUGUCAACACGUUGCUGCAGGGCGAGGAGGUGGAUGUUGAAGAAGAGAUUGCCAAUCUUCCUCGGGGUCCCUCGAGCGGUGGCGAUGACGACGAGACCAUGGAGGAUGUAGAAGGCGUUGAUCACGACCCCAACCACAACCACGGAGGCAACAGUGGCGGAGCUGGGCCAGAUGCUACUGGAGGCGAUGUCCGGGAAGAAGGGCAAGGAUCGAGGGAGGGCGGGGCCGAUGGUGGACGAGCGGCAGCCGCUGACUCGGAUCCUUCAUCUGUCGUGCAGAGCUUCUUGCAGUCUCUGGGUGGGGGUUCGCGCCAGUCCCAAGAUCCCGAACGGCCUUUCACUACUUUGCAAGAUCUCCUUCCUCCUGCAACUACGCUUCCCUUCUUGGCGUCCGCCGACGCCAAGACCGUGGAUCACUUGUUGAGCUUCUUGCCCCCCUCGCUCCUCCUGCUGGCACAAGACAUCGACGACGCGGCGGUAGCUGAUCAGGACCCGGAGAUCGCAGAGGCCGCCAUGGGAUCCCUCGACGAGGACCAGAAGAAAGAGAUUCUCCGAAAAGUUCUGCACUCGCCUCAAUUCGCGCAGAGUCUCGCAAGUCUGACUGUGGCUAUCCGAGAUGGUGGAUUACCGAGUAUUAGUGAAGCCCUCAAGAUUCCCGUGGAGAAUGGUGGAUUCAUGCGUAGAGGGGGAGUCCCCUUGGGAGGUGGUGAUGCUGUGGAAGCGUUCCUUCAGGGCGUUCGGAAUCACGUUAAAGACACGACAGCUGAAGCAAACAACCGGAUGGAGACUGAUUAAGUUUGACCAUUUAGCCCAACAGUUUAGCAUCAGUGGUUUUCUUAUGAGUUCUAAAGUUCCAAUUCUCCGCCCAGCCCUAUCGCGUCAGAUAAUUUUAG